AUGGAAAAGAUCUUGAAGGUCGCCAAUCAAGAGCCUCCUGUUCCUGACACUUUCCCACACGUUACCAACUUUGGAGCGACCGAAUACAUCUACGAACCUUCAGAAUGGUGGACCUCUGGUUUCUUUCCAGGAAGUAUUUGGGCACUUUGCGAGCGUGCAUCCAAGAGAGAACUGCCUGUUUCAUUUGAAGAACUGGUCAAGAUCGCAAGAAAAUGGCAAAGUGGUAUGGAGAAGGAACAGUACAAUACUGAGACUCACGACAUUGGAUUCAUGAUUAUGCCCUCCUUCCAACGAGACUUGGAUCUCACUGGCAGUAAGCCAUGUGGCGAUGUCAUUAUCCGAGCAGCUGAAUCCUUGUUGACCAGAUGGAACGAGACCAUUGGAUGCUUGAGGUCUUGGAACACCACAAGCACCAAGAUCUAUGAAUUCGCCAACAAAGACACUGAUUUCCUUGUUAUCAUCGACAACUUGAUGAACCUGGAUCUCCUCUAUUCCGCAACAUUGCUUUCAGGAGAUCCCAAAUAUGCAGCUAUUGCUACCAAGCACGCUGAGACCACUCUCAAAUACCACAUUCGUCCUGACAACUCAACCUACCAUUUGAUUGUAUAUGAUCCUGUGACGGGUAAGCGAAAGGUUGGUUUGACUCACCAAGGAUAUGACCAUGGAAGCACUUGGAGUCGCGGACAAGCCUGGGCCAUCUACGGUUUCGCAACAGUUUACAAGUAUACAAAGGACCCCAAGUUUUUGGAUGCUGCAAAGCGAUUGGCCGAAUACUUUAUGUCAAGAGUCGAAAACGGAGUCGUAUAUUGGGAUUUCGAUGCGCCUCGACCAUGUGUAUGGGAUACCUCAGCUGCCACGAUUGCCUGCUCGGGAAUGCUUCUAUUGUGCCAACUG